AUGCCACAGGCUGCAAGAUGGGUGGGCACGCCGUCAAUUAAGGGACGGAAUGAGUCCGCGCGCAUGGCUCUGUUGACAUUUAGUCUGCUGGGUUUACAAUUUACCUGGAGUAUUGAGAUGACGUACUGUACCCCGUACCUCCUUCAGCUUGGUCUCACCAAGUCCCGAACGUCGCUUGUGUGGAUUGCUGGUCCUCUCUCGGGUUUGGUCAUUCAACCUCUGAUUGGCGUUAUUGCGGACCGAUCUCGAUCGAAAUUUGGGAGACGCAGGCCAUUCAUGAUUGUGGGUUCGUUAAUUGUCGCUGCAUGUUUGCUGUUGCUGGGAUGGACGUCGGAGAUUGUCAACGCGUUCGUCAAGGAUCCGGAGAAGUCCCAGAGCGCCACGAUUGCUCUUGCGGUUCUGAGUAUCUACGCAGUCGAUUUUGCGAUCAAUAUCGUACAAGCAUGCUGUCGCAGUUUGAUUGUCGACACAUUACCAAUUCCGUUACAGCAAUCCGGAUCAGCAUGGGCGGGCAGAAUGUCAGCCAUUGGACAACUUGUUGGCUAUGGUGUCGGCUCAAUCGACACGGUCAGAAUACUCGGCUCUUUUCUGGGUGAUACGCAAUUCAAGCAGAUGACGGUCAUCGCGGCGCUCUUUCUGAUCGCGUCUGUCCUGGUCACGUCCUAUUCGGUGAAGGAGAGAAUAUUGAUCACAGCAAGGGAUGGUGAUGGUGAAGCAGGCGCCAUGCAGGUGAUCUCUCAACUACUCAAGACCACCAUGGAGCUACCACCCCGCAUUCAAGCUAUCUGCUGGGCCCAAUUUUGGGCUUGGAUUGGCUGGUUCCCGUUCCUCUUCUACAGUACUACUUGGGUUGGCGAAACCUACUUCCGGUAUGAGGUACCUAAAGGAACGACUCAAUCAGACGACAUUCUUGGCGAAGUCGGUCGCAUUGGCAGUUUGUCGUUGGUUGUAUUCUCGUCAAUCACAUUUGUCGGAUCUGUCAUUUUGCCGUUCUGUGUCCAAUCGCCCGAUCACAAACGAUCGAGAUUUACUCCGCGCCCACCACCAGGAGUCGCAGCGUUGCUCACGAAGAUCACGGCAAUCCGACCCGACCUCCAGACGACGUGGUGGAUGUCGCAUUUUGUAUUUGCGGUAACAAUGAUCAUGGCGCCGUUUGCGCGUUCCCGCGCCUUUGCAACAGCGUUGGUCGCAGUGUGUGGUGUCCCAUGGGCUGUGACCUCCUGGGCACCAUUUGCAUUUAUGGGCGUGGAGAUCAACAAACUCGCCAUGGACCCUUCCUUAACCGCGCGCUAUUCUGGUGUCCAAAUGAUCACCUCCUCCAGCAUCCGCACAGGCAACUAUGCAGACCCAAACACAGACACAGAAAUGGACGUUCUCCGUUUAAACCACCACCAUGGUGUGGACAGUGAUUCUGAAGAUGAAGAUGUAACCUCCAGCGUCCCGUCCACCGGUGAACUCGCCGGAAUCUACCUUGGCGUGCUAAACGUCUACACAACCCUCCCCCAAUUCGUCGGCACAUUCAUUAGUUGGAUCGUCUUUAGCGUCCUGGAACCAGCAAACGCCAAGCGCGACGACAACUCGCAGGAAGCAAUGUGGAUGAAUCUGGAUAAAAACUCGCCAAAUGCUAUCUCGGUGUGUUUGUUUAUCGGUGCCCUGAGUGCAUUGGUAGCUUCUGAAGCCACGAGAAGGAUGAGAUAUGCGAGGUAG